AUGCAUGCUGCUCAAGGUCCAAACAACAACAAGGCUUCAUUAAGAAAUCAACUACUGAGCACAGACAUCGGGAAUAUAGAUGUUCGACAUGAAGUUCCAAUAAAUGGCCAGGCACCUCCAGCAAUGCCAAUACAAUCAAAUUUCAAUCAGUACUCUCCACAACAACAGCAUCCUCAAAUACAGGCUCAUAUGAAUAAUGGAUAUUCAAUAAAUUCAAAUCCAAAUUUUAAUGGUUCCAAUUCCAAUUUGAAUCAAACACAUAUUCAACAAGGUCCUCCACAGCAGUUCAAUCCAAAUAACUACGUUCCACAUCAGAUGCAAUACGCACCACCUCCUUUUAAUCAAAAUCUUGGUCAACCUCGUUCAAGAAGAUCUUCAAUGCAAAGUAAUGGUUCUUUUACAAAAUCUUCGAUGAACAACCUUUUCAAGAUGAAUAAAUCAAAAUCUAAAUUUUCUGGUGGAGGAGAUGACGAUGAUGAUGAAGAAAAAGACGUCAUGAUUGAUGAUAAUGGAACUGAAAUGUCAUUUGAUGAUAUUUCAACGCUAAGAGAUAGAGGUCGUUACGGCGGGCAAUCAAGCUUUGAUUCUACACCUAUUAUUCCAACCUUAUCAAGUACAUCAUCUGCAAGACCUGGAAGUACUAGCAAUAUGUCGAAUGUUCAAUAUCGUAAGCAGAUGACUGCUUUUAAAAAACAGGUUAUGACAAAUGCAGGUAAAGUAAUUAAUGGACCCAAUGAUCCAAGAGCAAUGUCACUACAAUCUGGUGGAAGAAAUCCGUAUAUUGAUGCUAAUCAAAACAAUUUUGAUCCAAGAGCUAUGUCACUUCAAGGUUUCAAUCCUUAUUUGAACGAUCCAAGAACAAGAUCUAUGACAAAUCAAUCACCACAGCCUUUUCAACCAAGGACAAAUUCAUUAACAAACCAACCACAACAGACGCAGAAUUACCCAAGAGCAUAUUCAUUAACAACUAACCCAUACCAGAAUAGGCCGCAUCCUCAUCACCCAUCGAAUGCUGCUAGACCUCAUAUGAACCCAGGACUACAUCCACCACUUUCAAAUCAUCAAUUCCCACCGAAUGCAGCAGGAUCAAGCCCAACAAUUAGUUCUCAACAGGGACCAGCUCCUCAAGGAUAUAAAAACUCAGCAUCUUCUAUUCCAUUGGGUGUCAAUUCUCAAACUCAUCAAAACCCGCAUGGCUCUUCAAGUAGAACCUCUUUACAUAAUGAUCCCAGUUUCAAUGGACCAGCUCCACCUGUAUUGAGAAAUUCACACAAUUCAAAUUCAUUUAGUGGAUAUAAUCCUUCAACACCAACUAUUGAAGAAGCUCCUUCAUUCCCAGAGAAACCAAACUUGAACUCAAAUACAACAGAAAGGUCAAAUGAAAGCCUAACAAAAUCACAAUCAGAUGAUUAUAACAGUAAAGAGGGCUCUCACCACUAUUUGGCUGAUAACACAUUGAAUAAUAAUGAUCAUUUUGACAGUUCAGGUGUUACAUUUUCAGACGUCUCUGGUACACAGGAUAAAUCAUUCAAUCCAAAAGGGGAGUCAACACCAUCUCCAUUCGAUGAAGAGAAACAAAAAGGCUCAUUAGAUUCUGUUAAUUCUGAAAAUGAUUCCCCCUCUAAACUUCCUAGAACCAAAGGCCUACCACAUUUAAGCUUAUUGAAAAUGAGAGAUGAAGAUCCAGAGGAAGACCACACUAAAGAAGACGAAACCAGCAUAACAAAAAAUCGUGCUUUGAAUACAGUUGAAGAAAAUGAUUACUCAUCAAAUAACUCAAGGUCUAAAACUCCACCAUUAAACUCAGGUGCUUUACAAAAUAAAAGUCCACAAAGAUUACCAUUUGGCACACCAAAUAGACGAUCAAAUAUGCAAAGCAAACAAGUAUCACCUUCUCCAUUGAAAAAGCAAAGCAGCUUCAACACACAUAGAAAAUACCCGCUAACCAAUGUCUCUAUAUCUUCAAUGAGUGAAUACUCAACUUUUAGUGGUGUUUCGGAUUCAGAAACAAAUGAUUUUGAAAAUAAGAAGAAAAUCUACCAAUUGGCUCAGAAUUCAGGAACAACAAAUGACGUUUUUGUUACUGCUUCCCAGUUCUCAUUAAUGGACAACAAUAAUUUGUCUAAUAAAAAAAGAAUAUCUAGUGCUUAUGGUAAUGAUGAUUUCCCAGACACUAUCACGGAAGGUGAUUCAAUUGCUUCAGAAACACCAAAGUUAGACUCAUCGGAUCAAGAAAAAUUCAGUACUGACCAAGGUAAUAGAGGAUCAGCUGUACCAACUGUUAGUGACUCUCAUACAAUCCGAAAUUCAAUCUCUACUGAAACUGGAUCAAUUAAGUCAUCAAAAAGUAAUAGCGGCUCACUGAAAGGUUCAUUCAAAUCACCAAGCUUCUUGAAAAAUUGGUCUAAGAAAAGAAAUGAAAAGAAGAAAAAUAAUUCAUUUGAAACGGUCACAAAACCAGUGGAGAUAAAAACAAAUGGUAAAAGACAAUCAUACUCUGACAGUGUUGAUGAAUCAGUAAAGAAAGAAGAAUUUCACAAUAAUUCAAAUAUUGGCGUUUCUAAAGGGCUAAAUAUUAUGGGUGGUGAUGAACAUCAAAAGAAUCACAAAUAUCCAAAAGAGGACUUUGAUAGAUUCAACACAAAUAAAAACCUAGACGAUGAAAAGAUUUCUGAUAAUUUUGGGUUCAACGACGAUACAUCUAAUGUUAAUGAAAUUUCUGUCCGUAAUCCAUCACAAAAUAAUAUUGUUAGUCACCCAACAUCGGUUUCAGGAACAUAUAACUCUAGUUUCACCAAUAAUACCAUUGACACAGAUUUCGAAAAUUAUAGUGAUGGUAGUGAACUCAAUGGAAAAUCUUCAGCUUCUGCUCCAGCUACAUUAAAGAAGUUGAGUGAUCCAGUUAAAGUUGAAGAUGGAACAAGAAAGCUUAAGGGUUCUAUUGGUCCAAACAUGGUUGAUCACGACAUGGUUAACACUAACGUUAAAAGGUUGAAUUUGACCAUUGAACAAUUAGGAAUCAUGGAAGAUAAAAGUGCAUUGGUACGUGAAUUGGAGCUGGUUUCCAAGGAGCUAGGUGAUUCUAUCAGAAGGGAAAUUAAAUUGGAGGAUCAAUUGAAGGGCAAAGACAUCAAUUCUAGUCCAAACUUGAAUUAUGAACAUCAAUUGAGAGAGCAGGCAUUAUUGAUCAGCACCCUUGAAAAACAAUUGAACGAGGAAAGAACGAAAAGAUACAUCGCUGAAGAACAUGUUUUAUUAUGGGAAAAUGGACAAGAACCUUCGGCUUUAGAAAUUAGCUAUGAAAAUGAAAGAUUGCAAUCUGAACUUUCAAAUAAAACUGAAGUGAUUAAUAAACAACAAGCUGAACUUGAUUCAUUUUCAUUUGAAGCCCCAAAAAAUAUUGAUAAGUAUGCCACUCUUGAGAAAGCCAAUAAAGAAUUUGAGAGUGUCACUAUCCCAAAAUUGAAGAAUGAAAUUGAAAUUUUGAGUAAUGAUCGAAAAAAGUUGUCCAUGAUUAUGGAAAAAUUUAAAUUGCUAAGAGUGGAAAAUGCAGAGCUCGAAAGAAAAUUAGAAGAAGGUGAUCAAUUAAAAGAAUCACAAUCUAAGAAACUUGAAGACGAGUUGGCGGAAAUGAAGAACAAAUUUCAAAAUAGAAUUAAUAGGGCAAGUGUCACUUCUUCAGAAUCUAAACGUCAAAGUCUUUCAACACCAAUUAGCUCAAGAAUGAAAAAGACUUUUAUGAGCGAACUGGGAUCUUCAAAUAGCUCUGUGGAUGUUUUGAAGCCACCUUCACCAAUGAAUGGCAAAAGAAUCAAUUCUUUCUCUUUAAUUAAUGUUACUUCACCUAAUGAAAAAUGA